AUGCCAGGAAAUCCGCGGAGACGACAGUCGCUCGCAACGAUCCCUCCCGAGCUUCAGCUCGCGAUCAUUGAGUAUCUAGACGCGCAAGGCAAAGCCGCCCUGCUCGACAGCGAUCUCCUCUCCCCAAAUCUCAUUAUCUGCGAAAGUACGCUUGAUGAGUGCGACUGGUGUGGCCACACUCUCCUCCACGCAGCUGCAGAACGAAACUAUACCAAAGCAGCGAAGCUUCUCCUCGCCGCUGGCGCCUCACCCAGCCCCAAAAGCAAAGCCGACAACGACGGCAGCGCAACACCACUCGUGCUAGCCUCACAGAACGGACACCUGCCCAUCCUCCACAUCCUCCUGGACUACGGCGCAAACCCCAACGAAUGUAGCCACAGCGACGCAAGCUGCCUUCACCUCGCCUGUGACGAGGGCCACACACACAUCGUCGAAGCGCUCCUUGACCACGACGCCGACGUCAAUUCACUCAGCUUCGAUAUUGGGGCUCCGCUCCAUGUCGCAGUUGCAGCUAGACGUGCUGACAUUGUCCGCAUCCUACUCGCCAACGGAGCGAAAGUGAACAUCAUGCGCCGGCACAUGUCCGGUAUGACAGCGCUACACACAGCAGCUGCAAAUGGGGACGUUGCGUGUGUCCGGCUCCUUUUAGACGCAGGCGCGAUAGCGACAUAUGAACCUGCGCCCGAAAACCCAGGGUGGUUCAUCCGCCCGCCCAGUCUGCAUGAAAUUGCAGCGGGCCCGCAUUACAUUGCCGCGUGGACCUGGAUCGACCGCGGCUCACGAACAUGGACAGCGCCUCCUUUGGUCUGGAAAGAAGGCGAGAAGGAUGCGUACACGGAGGUUUUGCGGUUACUCUGCGAGGCUGGCGGGGAUGUGUCGGCAGAAGUCGCGGGGCAUGAGGGUACAACACCGCUGCAUCUUGCUGUUGUUGUGAGGAAUUGCGCGGCAGUGGAGGUCCUGUUGGGUGAGGGUGCGAAUGUCAGUGCGAGGACUAGCAAGGGACAGUCGGCUCUCUCGUUUGCGAGAUUGUUGGGGUAUGAGGAUAUUGCCGAAGUUUUGGAACGGGCUUUGGUGGCGAGGCCGGAGAGGAGGAGGAUGCCGAUCGUCGGGCCGAAGCCUACGAUAGAGGCAGUAGAGAUGGAUGUACGGGGCUGUGAAGAGUUAUCGUAA